UUCCCAACGCAACCGCUCGCUUUGUCCGCGCUGCCGCAGCGGUCUCUAUCGAGCUCACCGCAGCAGAUAUGGAUGUCGCUAGCGGAAUCGUUACUAUUGUGCCCUCGUUUUACGUGCCAGGCGUCGUCGGUGGCUUUGAGCUGAGCGCUGAGCUCAGCUCGGGCGCGACAGCCGUUCUCGAGUGGAUCGAGCUCGGCCCGGUCGAGAUGGGCCGCGGCGCCUUGGUCCACGCCGCGCCGUCUUCUCUUGCUCACAUCCAGCUGGUGACUGGCGAGUGGUCGGCGGCGUUGGCCGGUGGCUGUCCGGCCUUUGACUCGUGUGCUGCCAACCCGCACUACACCUUGGUUCUGUAUCCCCCAAAGCCGCUGUCGGAUGAGAUCGAGGAUGGCACUGGGUCAACAUGUGCAGUCAGCUCGGACUUGGCAUCCGACACGAGCUCGGCAUCCGACGCGAACUCGGCAUCCGACGCGAACUCGGCAUCCGACGCAAACUCGGCAUCGGACGCGGGCUCGGCAUCGGCCUCGGUGGCCUUUUCCUCUGCAAACGACUCCCGCUCGACGAUGACAACAUGCACCGCAUCCAGUCACAGCUCUGACUACAGUCCUGGUCCGCCUUCUCCGAACACUCUGGACCACGCGCCCGAACUGGGCAGCUCGUUGCUUGACCGUAUCGACGAGCCAUUGCCUGAUCCUCCCUCGGCGCGAGUCUGGAUUGCGCUCGAUAUCGAGAGCCAGGCUGACGCCGGUCGGGAGGGUACCGGCUCGCUCGAGAGUGCCAGGGUGGCGCCAAUCGGCUUUGUCACGCUCUUUGGGAGCCCGACUAAGCUCGCGCCGAACGUGUCGGUCGCAGAGCUGGUGCCAAACGGCUCGGCGCUCCAGUUUGAGCUCGUCUCGCGUGUCGAGACCGAUGCUCCGUUCGAGCUGCCGUUUCCUGGCUCAACCGAGGCCAUCGAGCUCACCAUUGUACCAUGCACCUACUACCCUGGCACACGGGCUAGCUUCACGCUAGCUGUUGCGGCUUCGGCCCCGUUUGCACUCGAGCCUGCAGCGAGUGCGGAAGAUGGCGCGCCGUGCGAUGACGGCGGCCGUUCAUCAACCUGCCACGCACCACCGCACGAGCCAGUCUUGCCGUCCGACUUUGUGGUCCUUCCGCUCCCGGCCGAGCUGGAUGAACCACGCGCGAUGGGGCUUGCUGCAUGUGAGGGUGCGCUAGUCCCGUCGUUUGGUCCAGAUGCGCUCCUAACGCUCGCCGGCGUGCCCCAGGCAGCGUUUAGUCUGGCAUCCGCGGUUGCGGGCCUCGCCUCGCUCCCUGGCACCCUUGAUCCACUGCUGACCUCGUCACUGCUGAUGCACGGAGUUGCGCUUGGCGUCUGGAUCUGGGCACCAGACUCGGGAUGGGAUGUCUAUGCAGUCGACGACAAGUUCCCGAUGGACAAGGAUGGAAGUUUGGGCGUGCUGGCAACUGCGGCCGGCUCGCCGGCAGCUCUGCCAGAGCUCUGGCCGGCGGUUCUGCACAUGGCACUGGCCCGCCGGCUGGGUACGUUCUCGGCGGUUGCUGCAUGCCCCCUCGCUUUUGUGCUCGAAGCGCUAACCGGCGCGCCGGUGGCCGGCGUAGAGCUCGCCGACUCGCAGCAUGUAGUCGACUCACUCGUCUCGCUGGCGGCCAGCACCCCGUCGCUUGUUAUCUUGCAUCCCUACGUCGACGCUGAGUUUGGCUACUCUCUCGCGCCCGGCUGUGGCGCAGAGCAUGACCUGGUGCCGUUUGCCAUUGUGGGCGCCGGGCACGACCGCUCGUGGCUGCAGCGCAGUGUCCACGAGAGUGGAGCCAGCGACAUCGAGACCGUGCGUCUUGUUCCACUUCCGCUCGAUGAGAGUGAGCGCGAGGUCCGUGAGCUGGGAGUAGUCGAGCUGACGCCGGCUGAAGUCUGCCAGUCGUUUGCGGCCGCCACCGUCUGCCUCCGUCUCCCAGCAAGCGAAUGGCUCUGCUCUGGCGACGUCAUGCUCCAGUUUCCCAACACGCGCAACGUGAUUGAUCUCGGACUCUCGGUUGGCGAGGCGUCCGAGGUUGUGGUCACGACAUCGUGUCCGAGUGGCACAUGUGCUGUCGAGAUCGACGCAACGCCCAGCAGCGUUCUCGAUGGCCGGCCCAGCCACGGCUUGUCUAGUUGCGUGUGGCACGGCAAGCUCGAGCCUCGAUCGUCACCGCACGACCUGGCACUUGUAACCCUCGGCUCGGCGUUUGCCUCCAUCGUCUGUCUGCGGGUUUUUACCAGAGUUGCUGGCAACGGUGGUGCGAGGCGUGCGGUUGACGUAGUCUCGCCUGCGGGGCGCUCGCUUACCCAUGGCGUCUUGCCGGCGUCGGCGCUGCAAGUCCCACUCGCCAACGUCGACACUGGCGCUGGCAGCGGAGGUGGGAGCGAGUCAUCAUCGAGCUCGGGCGAGGCGAAGCAGGCGGCAGCGGUGUCGCAGCCUGUGCUGCCGCCGCAGCCUCGGCUGCAGCGCAAGAGCUCGCGUCGCCGAAGCAAAAAAGGCAAGGGUGAGCGGCGCAAGUUUCCCAAGAUUCUGGUCAAGACCGGCCGGCCCGACACAUCGCUGACGGACAUUGUCGAGGAGGUCGCGCCGGGCAGGACGCGGACGUCGCGGGCACGGUUUCUUCUCACUCGAAAAUGGGCCGAACGCGAGCCGGAGGAUCAGCGCCUGGUCCGCGAGUCGCAACAGCAGCUGCUGAAGCUGCGGCGGCCAAAGCGGGCGACGCGGCUGCGGCCGCUUGGUGCGCCAAGUCCCUCACCAAGCCCCUCGCCGGAACAGCGGCAGGUCCGUGCCGAGCUUCGAGAACGGCGCAGACGCCGGCGGCUCGCCGCCCAGCACAAGCACAUGCAAGCUGUGGCAGCAAGUGAGCCACGGCGGCUGACCCAGAGAGCAGAGCGCGGGAUGGGCAGCAGCGGAGGUGGCAAGUCGCGGAGCACCAAGCCGCAGCGGAGCUGGGCACUGCGUCAUGCUGCGCUGGCCAUGGUAACGCGCUCGACGCGACCGACCCAGGCCCGGGUCGACGGUGAUCCGCGAUUAGGCUCCGGUGCGCACACCCCGCGCCAAACAUUGAUGGUCGGCUCGUCGCGGCGGACGUCGGUGGUGAGCUCGGCCCGUCGCGCCGCGAGCGAGCCGGCCUCGCUGCCAUCGCCGGAGCCUCUGCACUGGGGCAUUGCGCGCGCUGGCGCACAACGCCACACCACACGAGCGCCGCAGUAG